AUAAGCGGUUCAUCCGCGCAGGCGACGGGUGCGUGAGAGCAAGGACGAGCGAUGGUCCCAGUGCGGAAAAACAAUUGCAAAAUUGUCACGGGUUUGGCAGUGUUUGAAUCGGCAAGGUCCGGCGUGGUGAAGACGCGACGACGCGCCUUUCUCCCAUCCAAGACCUCGAUCUCUCUGUGCUACAUUCUCGCCGUUCCUCGAGCCAAGCACGAGCACAUCGACACAUUUCGGGACCCCCUGCCUCACGACGCGCGCAAUGGCGACGCCUUCAUCCUCGGCCACGUCUGAGUCGUCGCCCACCCUCCCCUUUACGGCCCCUCUCCAGGACCCAGCCAAUCCACCCCACGCUUCCGCGCAGGAUGUAACCUCCAGAGCCGUUCAAAAGUUCAAGGCAAGAGCAGAGAUCUCCAACGUGACGCGGAAUUUGCGCGCGCGUCUCUCAUAUGCAUCGUAUAAGGCGACUCACAAUCUGGCCCAUCUCCCUCUCCGCGACAUUGAAAUGCAGACUGCGCCUCAGGUGCAGCUCUACUCGCGCUCUCUCGCAGCGAAACGCAAAGCAAACUCUACCGCUUAUGGCACACCGGGUGCGAACAAUUACUACAAUAAUCCUGCCACCCAAGGUGGAGCAUCGCCUGCGCCGACCUAUCGCAAGCCGCCUGUGCCGGGGACGUCAAUUAUGGGUCGGCCCUCGUACUACUAUCCGGCGAACAGUCCCGAAACACGUCCGAUGACUGCUAGCCUGUUCACGUCCAUACUUGCACCGCCGCCGACACAGCCGGCGCGGACGAUCCUGAAUGCGGCUGACCCCCCAGUAGCGCCACCUGCCAGGCCACCCGCGUCGCCCAGGACGCGCCCCAGUAAGACUGCCUCGCGUUCCCACGACAAGUCGCGCUCUGAUCGGAGCCGGGGCGAGAAACCCGAGAAGCGUAAAGCUCGGCGCGCGCAAGACAAGGGCAAACACAAGCAGCGACGGCCCGAGGUCGAUGCCGAUGGCGAUGUAGACAUGAAAGCAGCUGCGACUUUGACCUCGCUGUUACUGAAUCACCGGCCCUCGCUUGGCAGCCAAUCAUCCCCACGGUCAAGCAUGGACGAUUCGGACGUUGAUUCGCUGCACUCCUAUUCCCAGUUUGCCCAGAGCUCUGCCAGGAAUGAUGGCGGUGAUUCGUUUAGUCCAUCCACCAAUGUCGCGUCGACAUCCGCUGCGGGUGUGCCCAGGUUCCGGCGUGCCAGUGGGACACCGCCUCCGGGUCAGACCUUGUCUCAGACACCAGCAGCGCCGUCUCAUGCUGGGACACCUCGGCCGGGCCCGACAGACAACGAGGCUGCGGAUCUGAUGCUUUUCCUGGCAACGUCGCCUUCCCCAGUUCGAAAAGAUGCCCGGGAUCAUGAUGCAGCGGCGUAUCGCGCGCUGAAUGGUGGCUCUAGAGCCAAGGGGCGUGUGUUAUUCCCGAGUGCAGGCAAGCUAGAAUCGCCAGAGAAACAGGGUACUGCGCUGGCUCGUGGUGCCGCAGGGGACAGCUUCGUGUCUAGCGUGUCCAGUAUCGGCGGUGACGUCCACGGCACACCUUCUGCCGCGGGUUCCAGAACCUCGACACCUGUUCCGCCGGCGAAAGCGAUGUCGCCGUCGCCGGCUUCACGCCCAGGAACUCCGGCGGUGGGGCCUGUCCCGGGGUCUCAUUUACUUCCUUCGGCUGCAUUUCCGGCGUCGGCGGCGCCAUUGUCCUCAGCACCGAGCCCCAGAGCGGUCCAGGCGCAGUCGACUGUCGUUGAUUUCAACCUAACCGAGUUUCUGCAACCUUCGCCAUCUCGGAGCGGCACUCCUCAGACUCUUCAGCAGAAGCCGAGUCUGGGACUGCGCGCCGAUAUAGGCCGCAAGCUGUUUGAGGAAGAGCAGAUGCGUCUUGCGAUGAGCAAGCAGGCGGCGGCGAAACCGGAUAUGAGCAUAGACCUGAUGCAGAGUUCGGGAUGA